AUGAGUCACUUGUCAUCCCUGCCACCGAGGCUGGACCCCAUUGACAUGCAGUCUCCCAGAAUACCAGGGAGGAAACGAGGACGGCCCCCGCUCCAGUCUGCUCCCAUGAAAAUGGCUGUUCACAAUCUUUACGCAGCACCAGCUGGCUCUUUGCCAGGAGUGAAGAUCCCAAAGAAGAGAGGGAGAAAACCUGGGUACAAGCUGAAGUCUCGUGUGCUGAUGACACCGUUAGCAAUCUCUCCUCCACGAAGCACACCGGAGCCUGAUAUUAGCUCAAUCCCUCAGGAUGCAGCUACAAUACCCACUUCGGCUGUCCCGCAAGCUCUCACAGUCUGCAUUUACGUCAACAAACAGGCUAACCUGGGGCCGUACCUUGACAGAAAAAAGGUGCAGCAGCUCCCAGAGCACUUUGGGCCCGAGAGACCUUCAGCGGUCCUGCAGCAGGCUGUUCAGGCUUGCAUCGACUGUGCACUCCAGCAAAAGGCUGUCUUCUCCCUCAUCAAGCAGGGCUAUGGAGGCGAGAUGGUGUCAGUUUCAGCUUCUUUUGAGGGGAAGCAGCAUCUCCUGAGCCUGCUGGUGGUGAACAGCAUUGGGUAUGUCCUGCGCUUCCUGAAGAAGCUCUGUCGCAACCUCUUGUGUGACAAUUUCUUCAGCAACCAGCCUUUCCAGCAGUACAGCACUGUACCAGAAGGCCCAGAGGUGUAUGAAAACAGACGGAUGGAGGCAGAAACGGUCAUACCUGAGGAUUACCUGGCUGAUCCCGCGAACAUGAAGCGCUACAGCGCGGGCCCUGCCGACUCGGCCUGCAGCUGCGUGGGCUCCAUGUACAGCACGCGGCCGAGCCCUGCGGACGGGCGUCUUGCCGGGGGCUCUUCAUCUGCCUGCAGCCAUCGUCCUGCCCAGAUGUCUUCAGGGGGAUCCCCCUCUACUGGCCUGCGGCAUCCAACCUCCAGCCCGACUAGGAAUGGGACCUAUCCUGAAGGAAACAGAAGUGCCUCAAGUCCUUCACCUGAAAGACAAGACACGGCUCGGCCAUCAAGCAAGAAUCCUUUGACCUGGACUGUGGAUGAUGUGGUUUGGUUCGUGAAGGAUGCAGACCCUCAUGCUUUAGGUCCCCACGUGGAGCUCUUCAGAAAACACGAGAUUGAUGGCAAUGCUUUGUUGCUGCUGAAAAGUGACAUGAUCAUGAAAUACCUGGGGUUGAAACUGGGACCAGCAUUGAAACUUUGUUACCACAUUGAUAAACUCAAGCAAGCCAAGUUCUAACAAGUUCUUGAACAACAGCAUAAUCUGACCUAAAUCCAGACAACAAACUAAAGGUAACAUGUUGCCUUACAUACAUGCCUUCAUUUGCAGAUCGUUUUUCCCUCUUUUUUAACAGAGACUUUGUCUUUUUUAACAUUUGUGCAUCUUCACCUUUUUUUAAUCCAAUGAGGUCUUUCGGGCUGCUUUGUGUUAACAAUUUGCCAAAAAGUAUAUAAUUACAAUAAUUAUUUUGUAUCAUUAAUAUUAUUAUGAUUAUAGUAAGUCCUAUUUUUGUAAUCAGAAGUGGGAAGUCAGAAACGAAUGCAGCUAUGGCAUAUAGUGAGGACUGCUGGAAGAUGUUCGAAAAGUCCCUCACUUGCCAUCCAUCCGUCUCUGAGGAACAACUGCUGGCCUGCAUCAGCAGGGUUGUGGCGACAGUGCAAUGCCGACACCACCACUGAUGCACAGGGCCUGGAAAAAGUCCGGACUUUGGUCAGCUCUUGUCUCGUGGGAACUACCCCAUGUCUUGCACUAUCUGGAAAACUUGAAUUCUUUAGUUUAAAAAAAAAGAAAAAAAAAAGAAAAAAAGAAAGUAAAAUUAGAAAAAAAAAAAGAAAAUGGAGGAAAGAAAAGGUUUUCUGCAAGCCAAAGUACUCUUCUUCCCACUAGAGGGAGCAGCCCUAACAGACUUCAGGCUGGAGCUCUGAGGACACGGUGCUUUCUGGCUGAGGAGCUUUGGCCAUCAUGAUUCUCACAUCUGGCACAUCUCUAAUACUACUAAAGAAUCGCAGGCUCCCAUCCGGAUGAGCCCAUCACUGUUUACAGAUAACUAAUUCAAGAUAAGCCCAAAAGCAGAAAGCGUCUCUGACAGGAUGUUUCCCGUUAAGCUGAAGAGGAGUUGGCAGCUCCCACCGUGGCUGGUGUUCCCAGGUGCUGGAGUCCUUCCUUGAGCCAUUUUGCUCUGCCAUAUAGCUUGGGGCGGUCUUUAAGAAAAAAAUGGAAUUUCUGGUUUUGUUUUUUGUUCGUGUUUUUAAAAAGCAAGAGACUGGGGCAGAAGCAUCCCCCGCAAGGAGCUGGCACUACCAGGCACAUUGUACGUUUGCAACAGCGGUCAGGUCCAGGGCAGAUGGAUGCUCCGGGUUUGUUCCCUGGCUGAGCUG